AUGCCAAAAGAGGAAGUUCUGCUAACUGAGGACGUCCAACCCGAACUGAUAACACCUCAGCCGUCAAAUUAUCCACCAAAUAUCCAGCGCGUCAGGUCACGCCGGGACGACAGGUACGAUAGAAUCGCUUCCGAGGACUGGCAACAUGCUGGCUCAGAUCGACCAGCAACGAAUGGCUUCGACGACAGGAUGUCAUACACUGCGUCCUACUACGACACCGAGUAUUCACAGGGUCGAGGGUCGACAUACACUUCGGGCACAUUUGAUUCCCGUUCAGAAGCACUGGACAUGCGGGUCUUCCGUGAAUCUGCAGCGGGUGACUAUAGCGCUCCUGAAGCCUACGGCACUCCAGUGGAGCUGGACCAAUAUACCAACAGUGCAUGUAGAGGCAGGCGAAGGUAUAUCGACCAUAGCGAGGAAGACCAGCCGCGGAUCACAUACGUUGAUGAUCAUCCCUAUGGCAGAUCGCCUGCAAGGAAUUACGACAGAUACGCAGACCAUUAG